GAUUUAAAUUGUCCAGCGUAGGUCCAUCGCAAGUCCGACUGCUUCGAACUGUAUUAAAGACGGAAGCCUUCGCACAGCAUAGACCUGAAUAAACUCAAAGAAUACAAUAUAUCCUUGGUUAUGCUGUCUGUUGAAAUACAGGAUUUAAAUUGUCCAGCGUAGGUCCAUCGCAGGUCCAGUGCGUACUCGCCUCUUACUAUCUUAAACUGGGAUUCAAUUUUGUAUUUUAACAAUGAUGUUCUCACAUGUUAAAUCAUUUCUUCAUCAUCGGACCUAAUUAUAAUUAAUAAAGCAAUUGUCACAUUUGGUAAGCAGCUAAUCAUUUGAUAAAGAUGAAAUCGAAGAAGAAAGUGAUUAUAUUUCUACUAUCUUUCAUCUUUGGGAGUGUUGUUGUGUUUAAGUUUAAGCCCUUAUUGAAGGAAGAAGCGAUGCAUGUCCAAGACUUGACGAAGAUGGAAAUCAGAUCUCAUCGAAAAACAAAUGCGGAAGGAAAUAGUAGGCCUAUAUCUCUACCCACACAACAUGGAGAAUCACGAUACGGUGACGUGGUUCAUGGACAAGAUCACAUAAUUAUAUACAACAGCGUACCAAAAUGUGGUAGUCGGACGUUCGGAGAUACAAGCCGAAAGAUCUUCAACAAUCGCUCCAUUAAAUAUAAUCGCUACAGUCUAAGGAACGAAAAUAGACCCAAACGUGAAAAAAGACGAAGUAUCGGCGAGAUAAGGCGUCUGAUCAAGGGUGUCAAGAGGCCUGCUUAUGUUCAGGGUCAUGGUUUCUUUCUGCCAUUUCAUCAUCAGUUACAUAAUCCGCAACCUGUUUAUAUCAAUUUCAUACGAGACCCUGUUUCACGUAUGGUUUCUGCGUUCUACUUCAAUCGUUUUGGAGAUGGAUUUCUAGAACGAGGAAUGCUAAGCGAAAAGCGAAACAAUAUGUCUAUCGAAGAGUGCAUUCUAGACGGACAUAACGAGUGUACCAACGCGGGCAUGUAUCCGCAAAUUUUCUGCGGUUUUAAUCCAAGAUGCGGGAAAAACACUACGUGGGCUUUGGAGCAGGCCAAGUCAAACAUUGAUAAAUACUAUACUUUCAUCGGUAUCACCGAAGAGUAUGAAGCAUCUCUGAGAGUCUUAGAACAUCUCAUGCCAGACAUAUACAAUGGUACGACGGAGCUAUACCUUUCAUUUCUGAACGAAGAAACCAGCAGAGUUCAUUCAACCAAAACGAAAAAUAAGCAGCCCCUAUCUCAGGAGCUUAAUGACACCGUCACAAAACUGUUUGCUGUCGACUACGAGCUCUAUAAUUACAUCUAUGACAAACAUCGAAAGCUAAAAGCACGAUUCGGAAUCGACUAAGCCAGUGCGUACUGCCAGACCUCGCUAUCAAGCUCCUGAGAAUGCUAAUCAACUCAUUGCACACUAUACCAGUAAAGGUUCAAGAGGUUUUUUUAAGGGGGGUGUUAAGCCCACCCAAUUGUUUUCAAGACAACCCCCCCCCCCCCAAAAAAAAGGGGAAAAAAGAAAAGGGAUUCACAUGGAAAAAAAAUUGAAUGCAAGAACCCCACGCCCCCCCCCCCCACCCAAUUAUAUAUACUAUUUAUAAUCUAUGGAACUAUUUCUGCAUGCAGUAUGCCAACCUACUUUAAUAUAUUGUAAAUGAGUGCUUUUGCUGUGUCUGUGUUGUACAAAACCUACUAGAGCCCGACGUUGCUUCAGUGAUGAGUGAUCUGUGCUCUUGUCGUAUACGUUUGAAAUUGUCUUUGUACUUUUCAUCAAAAUGAAGAAAAAACUGUCAUAUCGUUUCGAAAUCCCUUUUUGCAAUUUAAAAACACUGAUUGAUGAUGAUUACUUCAAGCCACUGCAAUGUGUCUUGAAUUGUCGAGAAUAAAACGCCCUGGAAAAUCUCUUUUUUUUUUAAAAAAACGUUUAUAUGACUCUUAAUUUACAGCGCUUCAACAGUUGCAAAAACUAUUCCAAAAUAAUUAAAUUUGGAACUUGUCAUAUCUUUGAAACGCUUGUAGAGUCUCUUCUUACAAAAUGAGUCCGGCUAUACCAAUAUCCGAGUAUAAAGCAAAAGCCAUUUGAGUUGUGAAAAGGUGCAAAAUCGAUCAAUUCUAACUUAAAGUAAAAUUAUGUUGGCUGGUAUUAGCAAACUUGAGAGAUGUGAACACGAUAUGGUAAAAAGGAUUAUAAAGUUUUGUAUUCUGAUCAUUUAAAGAAGUAUUUAUUAAAUAUGUAGCUGUAUAUCUUUACAUAUGCAAUCAACAUUAAAUGCUCGAGUGAACAAUAAA